AAAAGGAAGCUGAAAUCUGGGAGGCGUCCAGUACAAUACUCCCUCUCCCUCUCCCUUCCCCCUGCAUGUCCCGUUGUCCGAGAUCGUGGAACCAGCGGCAGACCGAUAGGGACCAGCAAUCAGAGUUAACGUCGCAAGAUGCGCGCUGUGUGGGUUCUCGCUGGGAUCUUGGUGUCGCUCGGAGCGGCGCUGGCCGGGCUGGAGCAACAGAGAGACGACACAAACUGGUGUGAACACGACAAGGCAGUCUACAGACGGCUGGAUAUUAUAGAGACGAGCAUAGACCAAACAGUGAGCCACUUGGAGGCUGAAGUGUCCGACCUGCUCAGUUUGAUGGAGGCCUCAACCAUUUCUCUGCCGUCGGGAUCUCCAACCAUUGACAUUUUUGAAAGCGGAGUGUGAAUUUAUGGGUUUGGUUUGAACAGCAUCCUGCCUAUCUUCAUGGUGCAAAAUUCUACAUCAAAGCGAAAAUGGAUCAACCACAAAAAAUGCUACAUCAAUAACAGAAAAUAUCAUUAAAUAUAUUACAUCAACAACACAAUACUACAGCAAGAAUAUGUCUGGAGAAAUACUCGCAAGCAUACGCCUUUUAUUAAUUACAAUUGUUUGUCGUUGUCAGUGGAUGUUCUGUGCUGCUCCACAAACCUGCUGAACUAGAAUUACUAUAUUAACAGCAGUCGAGCCUCCAAGAUUCUGCCAUAAAGUGACCCAAGACUUACCUGG